AUGCUAACAGAAUUGUUGGUGUGUAUAGGCCUGGGAUGUUUCACUUGGUUCUACAGACAAAGAAGAAUCCAAAUGGAAACAUUUAAAGAAAAAAAUAUUCCCGGACCUUCCCCGAAUUUUUUGUUCGGAAACUUGUUGUCAUUUCUUGGUCAGAGUUUGUAUUUAACAUUCCGCAAAUGGAACAACAUAUAUGGAAAUACAUACGGAUAUUUUGAAGGGCCAACUCCAGUACUCGUGUCAUCAGAUGUUGAUCUAUUAUAUGAUAUCUUUGUUAGACAGUUUAAAAAUUUUCAUGCUAGAAAGGUAUACCCCGUCCAAGUUGAUCCAGACCAGGACGAGAAUGUCCAUAUGUUCUUUGCACGUGGCGAGAGGUGGCGACGUUUGAGGUCAAUAGUUAACCCGGCAUUCAGUACGUCCAAAAUGAAAGAAAUUGUACCUACAAUUAACAAAAGAAUAAACGAAUUAUUGGUGAUUGUUGACGAAAAUGCAAAGAAGAAGACAGAUUUCGACAUGUAUGAUUUAUUUCAGAGACUUACUUUAGACACAAUUGCUGAUUGUGGUUUUGGAUUAAAGUCCGAAUCAUUAACGAGGAAAAAUGACGAAUGUCUUGUAAACUGUAGAAAUGUAAUUAGGGAUACGACAAAGAGACCAAUCUUAUUCAUGUUGGGGUUUAUGUUUCCUACGUUUCACGCUGUCUGGAUUGCAAUCUACAAUGUAUUACGUCACGUGACGUUCAAUCCAGUCUUUUGGCUACAGGACACGAUGGCGACAAUAAUCAAAGAAAGAAAAAUGAAACAGGAACAAAGAGUUGAUCUACUUCAGUUGAUGUUGACGUCUGAAUUUAAUCCAUCGGCCAAUAAGAUUGACGUUGGUGAUGUUGACUUCAAUGACAAUGUAGUCAAGAAAAGAAUAUUAACCAAUGAGGAACUAUCGGCUAUGUGUCUGCUUUUUCUCCUAGCGGGAUAUGAAACAACAAGUACAACAUUGGCUUAUAUUAUGUAUGAACUCGUCGUGAACCCGGAUGUGCAGCUCAAACUGCAAAACGAAAUUGAUCACUUUUUCCCAGAGGAUGAUUCUUCUGCAUUUUAUAACAUUAUCUCUCGAAUGGAAUAUCUAGAUAUGGUUUGGUGCGAGACUUUAAGAAAAUUUCCUCUGGCAAGCACGGUUGUUGCUAGACAAUGUAUGGAAACUUGCACCGUCAAUGGUAUAACAAUACCGUCUGGUAUGAUUGUACAAGCAAAUGUGUGGGAUAUCCAUUACAAUACAGAUCUUUGGGGUGAGGACACAGAAAGAUUCAUACCUGAGAGAUUUACUGCAGAAAGAAGGAAAACUAGACAUCCGAUGGCAUGGUUGCCGUUCGGUGGAGGACCAAGAACAUGUGUUGGCCUACGACUUGCUCAGCUCGAAGGCAAAAUGGCAAUUUGUAAACUUUUAAAAUAUUAUUCCUUUAUACCGUCAGAUAGAUUAGACGUACCGAUAAAAUGCAUUGAAGGUGCGACUAUUAUUCCAAAACAUGGAGUGCCGUUGACAGCUAUUCCGAGAUUAACCUUAAUCAAACUUUGAUAAAAUACUGUCUCUGAUUAACCGUGAUACCGCGCAUGAAACGUGUAUAUUAUUACAUAUCAUUAUAGAUAGUCAGUAUUACGUUUAACACCAUAUACCAUUUGUAUUGAAAAUUCAAAAAGGGAAGCGAUUAGCAUUUGCUACGACGUUGGUAAUACAACCAAAGGAGGUGUUGAAGA